UCGCUCGCUCUCUCUCUCUCCGAGGAGGAAUGUGGAAACGGGAGUUAAGUCAGACUGCACCGCACAUUUGUGCGCCCGCACAGGAGUAAAUAAUUGAUCAUCCUUUCAGUUACAUAUAUUGACGAGCACGAAGUGAUUCAUGAGACAAUUCUGCAGUCACUUUUUGGAUUUACAUUCCAGGACCGAACGCAUUUCUUCUGCAUUUUCCCUCGUCUGAAGAAAAGUUUGCUUUAAGAUCCAACACAGCUGGAGUCUGCAGAUGGAAACAAGCUCUCAGUGCACACCGAGCGCACCUAAUUUCGGAGGUCUCCCAACAUGAACCCGGAGUCACUGAGGAGGUGAAGGCUGCUAGUGUUAAAUGCUCACUGCAAGACUUCCCACAACAUAGCAACUGCUCAUAUAACUGCUGUUAGUUCAGUGUGAACCAUUUGCAGACUGUUUACCAUGGCGUCUAGUCUGACAUGUACAGGUGUUAUCUGGGCCCUGCUGUCCCUGCUGUGCGCUGCUGCUUCCUGUGUUGGCUUCUUCAUGCCCUAUUGGCUGCUGGGAAUACAGAUGGACAAGCCAGUGUCCUUUGGCACUUUCCGUCGCUGCUCCUACCCAGUGAGGGAUGAAGAGAGCCAGACCACGGUGAUGCUGGAGCAGUGUGGGAGGUACGCCUCCUUCCACGGCAUCCCAAGUCUUGAAUGGAGAAUCUGUACUGUGGUGACAGGCGUGGGAUGUGGCCUCCUCCUGCUGGUGGCGCUCACAGCUCUCAUGGGCUGCUGCAUCUCUGACCUCAUCUCACGUACAAUUGGUCGCGUGGCUGGCGGUAUUCAGUUUGUUGGUGGUCUGCUCAUAGGAUCGGGCUGCGCUCUCUAUCCACUGGGAUGGGACAGCGAGGAAGUACAGCAGACCUGCAACAACAGCUCAAGCCAGUUUCAACUAGGUUCCUGUCAGAUCGGCUGGGCGUAUUACUGCACAGGGGCAGGAGCGGCAGGUGCUAUGCUGCUGUGCACCUGGCUGUCCUGUUUCGCAGGGAAGAAGCAAAAGCAGUACCCUUACUGAAGAGAGCAUGAGAGAGACGGGGACAGGCAGAGACCUCGGGCGGUACGACAAAAGGGAGAGGACUCUGUGCACUCACACCAGUACAGCACAUCAGGCACCAAAGACAUCAAGUCAUUAUGGUGCUCUGCACAUCAUGGGACACUACUCAUCUGACAACUGCAGGGACUGUUUCAUAAUGCAGCACACACACAUGGCUUUGAAAAGUGGUACUUCUCUUAAAAGCUGUUCUUAAAUGAAAAAUGUAUGGACCAAUCCUGUUUGUAAGAUUGUUACAUAACUAUUUCUUUAAUGAAAAGAGUAUUCUCCCUCUCUUUUUUUUUCUUUUGUCUUCCUCUUCUUUGGUCUUUAAUGUUUAUGUGAUAGUGCGCCCUGUGAUGAACAGAAGUAAUAUUGCCUCAUUGUUACGUGAAGUGUUUGCGGUCUCCUCUUCAUCACUCAUUCUUGCCUUAAACACAAACAGAAAUGCAAUAAUCCCUAUAAUGUAAAGCAAUCCGACACUGGCUGCCUGCUUCCUCGAUUCAGACCCCAAAAAUCUAAGCAUAGUUUAUUUAACACAUUCAUAAGAUAUACAUUGUGUAUGGUAAUGUAUUUUAUCAUUUUAUCACAUUUUGUAUUCACCCUCAAAUUAUUCUUUGCCAUUAUUUUUGUUUUGUAAAUAAAUGUUUAUUGGAA